AUGGCACCUCGUCGAAAGACAUCUGAAGAGCAAUUCACUUUUUUAAUGUCAUGGAUGCCCGAAUACCUCCAAUGCACAACCAAUAAACAGUUUAGCGAGUUCUGGACCAAAGUUCAUGGGGCUUACUUUAUCAAGUUUCCGGAAAGCGACAGUCUCUUAGCAGAGAAAUUGAGUGUCGAUGCCGGUACCAAGAACCUAGACAAUCUGGCAUAUGAUGAACAACUUGGUGAGGCUAUCAAAAAGAGAAAAUCAUAUAUUAUCAACUGGUUUCGAAAUGAGUCCUCAAAGUCCAAGGUUACGGCCAAGCCAGUUUUGAAAGGGACUGUGCGGGAGAAGUUCAGCAAAAGUUCCAAGAAGCAUCGUCGUCACCAUGCAGAGGAAAUGUAUGACAUUAUUUAUGGAGAAAAAGUAACAAACCUGGUGAGGGAACGGUUGGCAAUAGAGAAAGACGACACCAUUAGCCCUGAUAAUGUACGUGCUCUCAAUCUUAAAAUUCGCCGAGAAGUUCGACGAGAGGCAUGGGCCAAUGAAACGGAAGAGGUUCAGCAAGAGAUAGAACGCGCAUUAGAGGAAGAGGAAGAGGAAAUGAACCAGCGUACAUUGGAACAUAAAACCCUCUCCUACAAGUCGCAGACACCCGCGCAACUACAAGAAGCAAUCGAUCAGAUAAAGACGGUCUUGAUGGAGGUUGGGCAGGAUCUUUAUGAACUUACAGGAUGGUCGGGUGUCUUUAUGGUGGGAGGACCUCGUCCAAUUGAGGGAGGAAAAUGUGCAGUUGCUACCAUUUGUAUAGGCAAAAAUGAAGCUGGACACACAUUUCAAGAGGCUUACUCUGAAUGGCACGAUAAUAUUGUGCCUCUGUUUGGACGCUGGCUGCACACUAAGUACUCACCACAAGAUCGAGCGGCAGUGUCAUUAUAUCCUAACGAGCAGGCCAUAACCAGCGAUCCCAUUUCCGAUGGCAUUGAAACAGGGCUUUCUGGUCCCAAUAGCGUCCCCGAUUUGUAUCGGAUUUCUCCAGCACCGGAGCCUCCUAUGUUGAAUGCGCCCCUGAACAAUCCUUCAGUAAUAUCGGACAGUGUCAUUGACCCGGUUCUGCGUGGUAACAAUGUACCACCUGUUGCUGUUGAAUCGAAUACUGUCCCAGCUCCGCCAAUGCCCAUCCAUCCUGUGCUGCGUACACCUGCUAUUGCCCCAACAUCAAUACCCCAUCGUGCUGAGCCAAUGGCAACUCACACUGCCGAACAACCUGCUAUCGAACAACCCACUGUGACAGCCCCAGUUCCAACGUCAAUGGCCCCAGUUCCAACGUUGGCGGCCCCAGUUCCAAUGUCAACAGCCCCAGUUCCAACGUCGACGGCCACAUUUCCAACAUCGACGGCUCUAAUUCCAACCUCAAUGGCCCCAGUUCCAACAUUGGCGGCCCCAGUUCCAACGUUGGCGGCCCCAGUUCCAAUGUUGGCGGCCCCAGUUCCAACGUCGACGGCCCCAGUUCCAACAUCGAUACCCCAGCAUGCUGAGUCAAUGGCAAUCCAUAUUCCAUUUUCUUGUCCUGCACCGAAUCCGUUGAAGGCUCCUGUUGAUAGGACAAGGCCGGCAGCUACAACCAAGGCUAAAAAAAAGCAACAAACAAAGGGGAAAGGUAGCCGUAUAUCAAAAAAGUCGGCGUCAGUGAGCAAUACAGGCAAGGAAUCACAAAAUCCUGUGGAAGAAAGCUUACAGCAAGACGCCACCUCGACCGCUCAUGAUUGCACCUCCACUACUCAUGAUCAUGCAGAGACCCCAGUCAUCAUAGCUGUUCCUUCUGCAUGGGCACGCCAGGUUCGAGAGAAUGAGCAAAAGAGAAAGAAACGUAGUAAAGCACUUGCCAAUCACAGCGGUCAAUACCCUCUGACAGUUUUUCCACCUCCGCCUGCGUCUGCGCCUCUUCCUACACCUACAACCGGACCUGAGUGUGAAACCACUUCAAAGCGUGCCAGAAAGGCAGUAGUUCUAGCUGAUGGUAGCGCACCCGUUAGACAGGUUAAGAAACAGCGCCGCUGA